UGAUCCUCUUACACCCUUGACCUCUCCCUAAUCUCAAGGUGUCAACAAACACGAAGCAUUGACUACAUGUGCCGACGUGGGUAGCUGUGGGUCCACAGGUCCAAACUCAACGUGUCCAACAUCACACAUUUUGGACAUUUCAACUGUUAAAUGCUUGCAAAAAUCCACGAUGGCAGUAGUUCCUCGUGUUAUCUUCAGAUCUUCUCAAAUGCAUGGAGGUCGUAAAAAGCUGAUUAUGGUUUUAUUCUCUCGGUAAAAUCAGACUUUGUGAUUAAUCUCACUGAUGCUGUUUCAGGUCCGAGGGUGAAAAAAGGAAAAGAUCUCCCCUCUUCCCCCCGAUGACGUGGGCGGUGCUGCUCUUUCUCCAUUUGUUGCUGUGGUUGAGAUUAUUGCCCCCUCCUGUUUCUCUCCGUGGUUAAAUAGCCAGGCGCGCUGCUUCCCUCCUCCACACAGCGGGGCCUCUUCACACAAACCAGCUGCAAGAGCCACAGACAAAAUCCAAGAAAAAGACUUCUGAACUCUAACAUGUACUCAAACAAAAUCGAAGGACCACGAAGAGGAAGAUCCUUUGACUCCAUGAACAUUGGCUUUGAAGAAAAACUGCUGAACAAUGAGAUAAACAAAUCAACCUUCACAAAAAUCGAAGAAAACACAGAGAAGAAGAACACCUCAGAGAAAGGGAGAACAACAAUCAUAUUUUCCCUCAAGAAUGAAGUGGGGGGACUUGUAAAGGCACUCAAACUAUUCCAAGAAAACCAUGUCAACCUUGUACACAUAGAGUCAAGAAAAUCCAAAAGGCGCAACUCCGAGUUUGAGAUAUUUGUGGACUGCGACAGCAACCACGAGCAACUGAAUGAAAUCAUCCAGCUGCUCCGGAAGCAUGUGAACGUUGUGGACAUGGAGCCUCCAGAUAACUCCUGUCUACACGAGGAAGAUAUGUACAAUGUACCUUGGUUCCCAAAGAAAAUUUCAGACUUGGACAAGUGUGCCAACCGCGUCUUGAUGUACGGCUCCGAGCUGGAUGCUGACCAUCCCGGUUUCAAGGACAACGUCUACCGGAAAAGGAGAAAGUACUUUGCAGAUCUUGCCAUGUCUUACAAACAUGGGGAUCCCAUUCCUCGUAUUGAGUUCACGGAGGAGGAAGUGAAGACUUGGGGUGUUGUGUACAGGGAGCUCAUCAAGUUGUAUCCCACCCACGCGUGCCGUGAAUACUUGAAGAACCUGCCGCUGCUGUCCAAGUACUGCGAAUGUCGGGAGGACAACAUCCCUCAGCUGGAAGACGUCUCGCGCUUCCUCAGGGAACGCACUGGAUUUACCAUCAGGCCUGUGGCAGGUUAUCUGUCCCCACGAGACUUCCUUGCUGGUUUAGCCUUCCGUGUUUUCCACUGUACCCAGUAUGUGCGGCACAGCACCGACCCCUUAUACACCCCAGAGCCGGACACGUGCCACGAGCUGCUGGGCCAUGUCCCCCUGCUAGCUGAGCCCAGCUUUGCCCAGUUCUCUCAGGAGAUUGGUCUCGCCUCACUCGGGGCCUCGGAUGAUUCGGUGCAAAAACUGGCCACAUGCUAUUUCUUCACCGUGGAGUUUGGCCUAUGCAAACAAGAAGGGCAGCUGCGAGCAUAUGGAGCUGGACUGCUGUCAUCUAUUAGUGAGCUUAAGCAUGCACUGUCUGGUAAUGCAAGGAUAAUGCCUUUUGACCCCAAAGUCACGUCCAAACAAGAAUGCAUCAUCACAACAUUUCAAGAUGUGUACUUCGUGUCAGACAGCUUCGAGGAGGCCAAAGUGAAGAUGAGGGAGUUUGCCAAGACUAUCAAGCGUCCCUUCACAGUCCGAUACAACCCAUACACCCAGAGUGUGGAUGUCCUCAAAGACACUCCCAGCAUCAACAGGGUCGUGGAGGAGCUCCGACACGAGCUUGACAUCGUGGGUGACGCCCUCAUCCGGCUGAACAAGCAGCUGGGGGUCUGACUGGACACACGCCAGUGGCAGUCAACCACCUUACAGUCCGUCAGUGCUCGUCAUGUCCCCCCCCCCCCCCCCCCAAGCACCACUGUAGAGAUACUGGUUUUGUAUUAGCACUUUGAGAUUGCUUUUAGCAAUGAGAAGUGCUCUAUAAAUGACAUUUAUUAUUAUUAUUAUUGUUAUUAUUGCCCUUUGUGAGAACAAUGAAUGUGCACUGCUUUUGGCUAAAUGCUCUGUCGUCCCCCCACUGCAUGGUUGUAAGGCAAAUACAAUUAACAGAGGCACGUUUAUCCACUGUUUAUCGGUACGUUACACAAACCCAAAGAGCUGCUUUACUGUUCUGCUUCAGUUGUGCUUGGCUGAACUGCCGUCUGUAUUGCAAACCGUUAGCGUGUCUUCAUGGUAUGUUAGUAUAAUUUAAACGCUUCCCCAGCGGUUACAAACACAGAUGUGGUUUCGUCCUGCUCUUGUUAACUCUGCUGUUGUAUAUGAUCAUGUGGAUUUUUUUUCUAAUUAAUUGCAUUCUUCUUCUUCUUCUUCUUCACAUUUAAUCUUCCUCACUUCAGUGAUCUGUAUAAAAUGUACCUUGUUUGUAUUCUUUUGGUGUAUGUAUCAUGCUUGUUUCUGUGUGCCCUCGAGCGAAAUUAUAAAAGACACAACUGGUAUUAUAAGAACGUUUUCCUGAUUGAUUGUGAUAGAUUUGGCGCAUGUACCCUGACCCAUUUUAUUUUACAGUGAUGAUUUUGAAUACCUCCUCUUGAAGUGAAUAUACUUGUAGUACUCCUGAAAUCAAAACCUUAUUUUUCUACCAUAAAGACAUAUAGAAAUUAUGAGUAGGCUAUGUAUCAAAUUACUGAAAAAUAAAAGAAUAAACAGAAAUGUUGACUGUG